AUGGGCAUCCAGCAACAGCCGACGGGCGUCCAGCAGCAGCCGACGGAGGGCGUCCAGCAACAGCCGACGACGGGCGACCAGCAGCAGCCGACGGGGGUCCAGCAACCGACGGGCGACCAGCAGCAACCGACGGGCGUCCAGCAGCCGACAGGCAUCCAGCCGACAACGGGCGCCCAGUUACAGCCGACGGAUGGCGUCCAGCAGCCGACGGGCGUCCAGCAACAACCGACGGCAGGCAUCCAGCAACAGCCGACGGGCGUCCAGCAACAACCGACGGCGGCCUUCCAGCAACAGCCGACGACGGGCGUCCAGGAGCCGACGACGGGCAUCCAGCAACCGACGGGCAUCCAGCAACGACCGACGGGCGUCCAGCAGCCCACGGGCAUCCAGCCGACGGCGGGCAUCCAGCAACAGCCGACGGCGGGCAUCCAGCAACAGCCGACGACGGGCAUCCCCCAACAGCCGACGACGGGCAUCCAGCAACAGCCGACGGGCAUCCAGCAACAGCCGACGACGGGCAUCCAGCAGCAGCCGACGACGGGCUUCCAGCUUCAGCCGACGUGCUUCCAGCAGCAGCCGACGGCAGGUGCCUCGCAGACCGCGGGCUCCGUGGGGAUGCUGGGCGUGGCCGGUCAUCCCUGCCCGUGGCAGGGGCAGUCGGGCUUGCAGCAGCUCGGCGGCGCGCAGAACCUGUUCGCCAUCCCUCACGAGUGGCAGCAGGCGGGCCUCUUCCGCAACACCAGCCGCGACGUGCCAGGCGAUGAGCCUGCAGAUUCAUUCUCGCAGGAUGACCAGGCGAGGCUGGCGGGCACCUUGACGAAAGAUGAGCUGGUCAAUCAGCUGUCCCAGGGUAUGAUCAUGCUCGAGCAGGAAAACCCGAAUGAGGAGAUCGACGCCGUCGAGCAGAAGUUUUCCAACUUCUACCAGGGCAACCUGAUGUGCCAGCUACGCCAACACCGACCCGACGCUAUGCCAGAGGACAACAGCGAGGUCGCGACGACGGAGGAGGAGUUGAUGUGGAGGCACUUGCAGUCCAAGGGUUUCCUAUUCGGAACCGCGAAGGGAGCUGGCAACCCGAUAGCGGGUCGCUGGCAGCGGGCGCUGGACAGGGACCCCGAGCUCCACGCGGCUUACAUCAGGGAGGCUGGCUACACGAACAAAGCUGCCUUCCGCCAGAGGUGGGCCGAGGGAGAGUUCAAGAAGUGGGAGAGGAUGCACGAGAUGAAGAUUGCCACGACGAACUCGAAGAAGGAGAAAUUGAAAGGCGAACACCUCUCCCUUGGCCGCAUUGCCUGGAAAUUCGGCGGGGGGGGGACUGGGAAGAAGCUCGCGAUCCGUUACUGCACGAAGGCAGUGAUGAUGGGGGGGAAGUGGACGAAGUGGUGCAAGAUGACAUCGUCCCUCCUCAUUCUCUUCGUGACCCACGAGCUGUCCGACAAGUACGAGAAGGCCUGGCAUGAGUUCGAGACUUGGACGAGGCAGCCGUCGCAGACGCCUGGCGCCUUGUCGAAUAUCAGCUCGGGCGCUGCUGCCGCGGCUGGUGGG